AAGUGAUUAAAAAGCUUUGCUUUCAGAUUGGUACGAGGAUAUGUAAACGUGGAAAAGAUCCGGAUAAUUUUUAUUUAGAUAUUUUCUUUUUUUAUAAAGCCGACAAACAUGGGAUCAAAAAGGAAACCUGAAACCCAAGCUAAGUCUUGCUUUGUUCAAAGGCGUUCCCUCAUUCUUUGGAAAAGAUAUUGUUGAUAAGGUACUCGGGAUUUCUCUUUCAUUUUCACUGUCCUGUUUGUUUGCUUUCUGAUUGAAGAUAAAAGCAUACAAUUUUGAUUCAUUUUGCUUCAAAUUGUGUCCAAUGCAAGGUUUGGGGUUUUGUUGAUCAUUAAUUAAGGCCUUGGAGUGAUUUGGUAUCUGGGUUUUGUUUCUUUUCUUAUAAAUUUAAGCUUUCAGAGUGAUUUUGUAUCUGGGUUUUGUUGCUCAUUAAUUAAAGCCUUAGAAUGAUUUUAUAUCUGGGGUUUGGUUUUUUUGAAGUUUAGUUGGCUCUGUUGCACGAAAUUUGAGAUCUUUAGUGAGAGAUAUAUAGGUAAUGAAGGUUUUUAAUAGGUUAAAUAGUGCAAGACACUCAAAAUUCCACGGGAUUUUCAAUGGAUUUAGUGCUGUUCUCCUAUUUUUCUUCUUCUGCAAGAAGGUAGAUAUAAUUAAAACCCCUCUUCUUAAGCAAUCUUCCUUGUUUUUUAAUCCAAAUUCGACUCCUCAAGCUGUUUUCGGUGGUAGUUCGGGUCACAUUGCAGUAAUUCAUCGUGGAUUUGGUGAAAUCCGUGCUAAUGCAUCGGGUUUAGGUGAUGAGUCUGAUGAACAUAAUGGUGUGAGCAGUUCUUCAGAGUGCAGUGGAUUGCAUAAACAUCAUGGUUAUGCCAACCAAUGUGAGUACUUGAAAGCAAAUACGGAAUGUUCUUUGGAUGGGUUAUUUGAUUACUUAAGGUUCUUUUAUUGUGACUGUCAAGAUUUCAGUGUAUUGGGGUAUGCAGUGUUGGGUGCGUGGGUUGCCUUGUUGUUCUAUCUAUCGGUUACCACUGCAGCCGAUUACUUUUGUUUUUCGCUUGAGCAGCUCUCAAGCCUGUUGAAGCUGCCUCCAACUGUUGCUGGGGUUGUGCUUCUGCCUCUUGGGAAUGGAGCACCGGAUGUGUUUUCCAGUAUUGCUGCUUUUGCGGGUACAGAUACAGGUGACGUGGGUCUAAACAGUGUGUUGGGUGGUGCGGUGUUUGUUACUUGUAUUGUUGUUGGGACUAUUUCUUUAUGUGUUGCAGAGAAGAGGAUUCAGAUUAAUCGGAAUUGCUUCAUAAGGGAUAUGAGUUUCUUUCUAGUAACUCUUUUGUCACUUUUGUUGAUUUUGAUCAUUGGUAAGGUGAGUGUAGGGGGAGCCAUUGCCUUUGUAUUGAUUUAUGUGGUUUAUGCAAUUUCCAUUGCUGCAAAUGAGAUUUUGAGGAAAAAUGCUUGGAGGUUGAAAUUGGAUGUUAUUACACCAUUGCUUCCUGUCCAACAAAGUGUAGAGGAUGUGCCUAUACAUAGCCCCUUGUUUGAGAUUGAGACCAAAAGUGAUCCAACGCUUCUCCACAAUUCGUUGCCUCAAUUGAUGUGCACUUCAAAUGGGGAAAUAUAUUCGAACCAGACAAUGCUUACAUUGGAUAAUGAAACCCCUCCGUGGGGGUGGAAUGGUGAGAGCAUGGAGAGCAAUGGCUCAUGCUCAUGUUGUAAGCUGUUUUGUUCUAAGCUUUUUUUACUGAUUGAGAUGCCAUUGACAGUGCUAAGACGGUUAACAAUUCCAUUAGUCGACGAUGAAACAUGGUCGAAGGCAUAUGCUGUUUCGAGUGCUACAUUGGAUCCCAUUCUUCUGGCAUUUCUGUGGAAUACCCAAGAUGAUUUGGGUUCUGAAAUUAGAAUAAUUACAUAUAGUAUUGGUAUAGCAGUUGGUUGCACACUUGGUAUUCUUGCGUACUGGUAUACUGUACCUGAUCAUCCACCCCAGAAGUUAUUAAUUCUCUGGGUUUUAGGUGGAUUUGUUAUGAGUAUUGUAUGGUUCUAUAUGAUUGCUAAUGAGCUUGUUGCUCUAUUGGUGGCAUUUGGUCUAAUUGCAGGUGUUAAUACAUCCAUCCUUGGAGUGACUGUUUUAGCUUGGGGCAAUUCAGUAGGUGACUUGAUAUCGGAUGUUACAUUGGCAAUGCAUGGCAAGGAUGGCGUGCAGAUUGCUUUAUCUGGAUGCUAUGCCGGUCCCAUGUUCAACACACUUAUUGGUUUGGGGUUCUCCUUGCUGCUUGCAGCCUGGUCAGAGGGAGGUUCAUACACAAUUCCACUAGACAGUAGCUUGGUUUACACCAUGGGGUUUCUCAUAACAGCACUAAUCUGGGCAUUUGUUGUUUUACCUUUGUGUGACAUGCGCCCUACUAGGACAUUAGGAGUGGGCCUUAUUGCCCUCUAUUUGAUAUUUCUUUCUUUGAGGCUGGUCAGUGCUUUGGGACUUUUCUCAUUUGCAAUUUGAAGUUGACAUUUGAGUUAUGUUGUAAUUAAAAGGACCAGUUUAUCCAAAACCUUUGGUGCAGAUAUAAUGUAUUGAUAUACAGAGGCUA